CCGUCGCUGCUUCCACUUCCAGCCCCGGUCCUCAUCCCCAUGGAGGCAGAGCCCCUGGGCCAGAAACCCCCUGGGCGGCGACGGGGCAGGGCCAGCGGUUCGCCCCCGGCGAGCGGCACCCCCGGUGUGGCCGCCUCCUGCAGCCGGUACCCUCUGAGACGAGGCAGCUCCUUCACAUUCCUGACUCCAGGCCCACACUGGGAUUUCACCCUGAAAAGGAAGCGCCGAGAGAAGGACGACGACGCCGUCAGCCUGAACAGCCUCGACUUUAAGGAGCCAAGCACUAAACGGGUCCGGCCUUUAGCACGAGUCACCUCCCUGGCAAACCUGAUCUCCCCUGUCAGAAAUGGGGCGGUUCGACGCUUUGGGCAGACAAUCCAGUCGUUCACCCUUCGCAGCGACAGCAAAUCCCCCGGCUGUGCCCAGAAAUCAUGCAGCAGAUCUGCUGCUCCUACUCCCCCUAAGAGGAGAAACAGCGUCCUUUGGUCUGAAACGCUGGAUACCAACACGAAAGAAUCCCUGAGCACCAAGGAAAUCAAGCGCCAGGAGGCCAUCUAUGAAAUGUCCAGGGGAGAGCAGGACCUGAUUGAAGACCUGAAGCUGGCCAGAAAGGCCUACCACGAUCCCAUGCUGAAACUCUCCAUCAUGUCUGAGGAGGAACUCACCCACAUUUUUGGGGACUUGGAUUCCUACAUUCCUCUGCACGAAGACUUACUGGCGAGUUUGGGAGAAGCAACAAAACCAGAUGGGACAGUGGAGCAGAUUGGGCCCAUCCUUGUGAAGUGGUUACCCCAGCUCCACGCCUACAAAGGCUACUGCAGCAAUCAGCUGGCAGCCAAAGCGCUCCUGGAUCAGAAGAAACAGGACAGGAGAGUCCAGGAUUUCCUGCAGCGCUGCCUGGAGUCUCCCUUCAGCCGCAAGCUGGACCUUUGGAGCUUCCUGGACAUCCCUCGGAGCCGCCUGGUGAAAUACCCCCUGCUCCUCAAGGAGAUCCUGAGGCACACUCCCAAAGACCAUCCCGAUAUCCACAUCCUGGAGGAAGCCAUAUCCAUAAUCCAAGGAGUCCUCUCUGACAUCAACCUGAAGAAGGGCGAGUCCGAGUGCCAGUACUACAUUGACAAGCUGGAAUACCUGGAUGAGAAGCAGAAGGAUCCAAGGAUUGAAGGCAGCAAAGCUUUGCUGUGCCACGGGGAGCUGAAGAAUAAAAACGGACACAAGCUCUACGUCUUCCUCUUCCAAGAAAUCCUGGUGCUGACGCGGCCGGUGAGCCGGAACGAGCGCCAGGCGUUCCAGGUGUACCGCCAGCCCAUCCCUGUCCAGGAGCUGCUCCUCGAAGACCUCCAGGAUGGAGAUGUCAAAAUGGGAGGCUCCUUCCGAGGAGCUUUUGGGAAUUCUGAUAAAGCCAAAAACAUUUUCCGAGUCCGUUUCCAGGAUCCCGCGGCGGGCCAGUCGCACACGCUGCAGGCCAACGACGUCUUCCACAAGCAGCAGUGGGUGAACUGCAUCCGCACGGCCAUCGCCCCGUUCCGGAGGAACGUUCCCGAGCUCCAGGAGCUGCCCGAGCUGAGCGAGGAGUCAGAGGAGAACAACCCAGCCGUGCCCAACAUCCCGGCCCAAAAACGCCGCUCGGGAAUAUCCCAGAUGGAGCUGGACGAGAGCGCGGCCGAGUGCGGCUCCGUCCUGGACUCGGAGGAAGCCAAAGGGAUGAGAUCCCACAGAACCUCAUCCGGGCACAGAAAAUCCAGGGAGAAGCAGCUCAGCGGGAAGCGGAAAGAAACGCUGGUGUAAGGAAAAAAAAAACCAAACCAAAAAAAAAAAGAGCCCUGGUUCCACCCUGGGGGAAAACUGUUAAUUUAUAAAUAAUUCUGUGUACAUUUUUGUGCCGGGAGCGCCUUCGGAGCCGCUCCGCGGAUCAAAUCCUGGGUUUGUCUUGGAAUGGCAGCUACUGGUGUGCAGUUACUGUUGAACUGGGGUCUGGUUUUACUCUUGGAAUCCGUGAGGGGAUUUCCAAAACCCUCCUGGCAGAGCUGAAGAGCAAAUUGGGGUUCCCCAAAGUUUUCCACGGCCGUGGUAGAGGAUGGGAAAUAAAGCGGAAUUUUGGGCAGCACCGAGGGGUUUUGAUAAACACUUCAGAAGUCCUUUAGAGGACCCUGAAGUCACUCUGCUGUGUGGUUAUUCCUUCAAAUUCCUUCAAAUCUGCCUGUUCCAAAAGGAAAAAUCCCAAAAAACCAGACCCCAGGUUCAACAGGUUCUCAGUUCACCUACUGGAAUCUUUGAUCUCCGUGUGUUCUUUGUACAUUCCUCUGUCCCGCUCUUGUA